CCCCCCCCUCCCCCUUCCCGCUCCCUGAGCCUUUUCCCCCCUCCCCUCCUUUUUUUCGGCCAAACACCUCCUCUGGCGCACCGCCCGAGAGAGAGAGAAACACAGAGAGACAGUCUCCUUCCACAAAAUGGGUGUCGGUAAGCUUCAGGAGCGCGCCAAGUCCCGCGCCUUCGGCGGCGUCCGCAGCAAGCAGCCGCACAAUGCCCUCGCCGGCAAGGAGAAGGGCGCCAACUUCUACCAGAAGGAUGCCAAGCUCAAGCGCCUGAAGAUGUACAAGGAGGGCAAGCCCGUGCGCGACCGUAUGGGCAAUGUCAUCCGCGAGGCCUCCUUCCAGUCGUCCGAUACCCCGGCCGGCCGGAUUCAGCCCGACCGUCGCUGGUUCGGCAACACCCGCGUCAUUGACCAGAAGCAGCUGGAGAACUUCCGCGAGGAGAUCUCCCAGAAGGUGAACGACCCGUACCAGGUCCUGCUGCGCCAGCACAAGCUCCCCAUGAGCCUGCUCGUGGAGAACACCACCGAGUCCAAGAUGCGCCUCCUGGACGUGGAGAAGUACAGCACCACCUUCGGGCCGAAGGCCCUUCGCAAGCGCCCCAAGCUUGCGACCAGCACCCUGGAGGAGAUGUUCCGCCAGGCCGAGACCAAGGAGGAGAGCUACGAGUCCGAGAAGGACCAGGACCUGAAGAACGCCACCAUGCAGCUGGAGCCGCGCGAUCUGGUUCAGGACCCGAUCUUCUCCAAGGGCCAGUCCAAGCGCAUUUGGGGCGAGCUGUACAAGGUGAUCGACUCGUCGGACGUCCUGAUUCAGGUGCUGGAUGCGCGCAACCCCCCUGGCACCCGGUGCUACCACGCCGAGGAGUACAUCAAGCGCGAGAAGCCCCACAAGCAUGUGGUCUUCGUGCUGAACAAGUGUGACCUGAUCCCAACCUGGGUGACCGCCCGCUGGAUUAAGGUCCUCUCGCGCGAGUACCCCACCCUGGCCUUCCACGCGUCCAUCAACAACUCCUACGGCAAGGGCUCGCUGAUCCAGCUCCUGCGCCAGUUUGGCAAGCUCCACGGCGACAUGAAGCAGAUUUCGGUCGGCUUUAUCGGCUACCCGAAUGUGGGCAAGAGCUCCAUCAUCAACACCCUGAAGAAGAAGGCCGUCUGCAAGGUGGCCCCGAUUCCGGGCGAGACCAAGGUCUGGCAGUACAUCACUCUGAUGAAGCGCCUGUACCUCAUCGACUGCCCGGGUGUGGUGUACCCCACCGGUGACAGUGAGUCGGACAUCGUCCUGAAGGGUGUUGUCCGUGUGGAGAACCUCCGCGACCCGGAGUUCCACAUCGAUGAGGUGCUCAAGCGCGUCAAGCCGGAGUACAUUGUCAAGACCUAUGGUGUCGAGAAGUGGACCGACUGCUUCGACUUCCUCGGCCAGAUUGCCACCCGGUCCGGUAAGCUGCUGAAGGGUGGCGAGCCGGACAUCCCUACCGUGGCCAAGAUGGUGCUCAAUGACUUCAUUCGCGGGCGCAUUCCCUUCUUCGUGCCGCCGCCCCCCCUGUCCGAGGAGGAGCUGGCCGAGAAGACCAAGCACGCCGUCACGCCGGUCACCCAGAUCCUCUCGAAGAUCAUGGUGUCGGCCGAUUGGAGCCGUGCCGACCUGCGUGACACCACUGCCAGCAAGAAGCCGUCCACUGGUGAGGCCGGUGCUGAUGCCGACGGCGCCACCGACCAGCCGGAGGAUGCCGAGGUUACCGCCGCCGCCGAUGAGGCCGAGACCGAGGAGGGUGUCAUCGAUUGGGACGAGAUUUUCGGUGACGCCGUCGAUGAGGGCACUGGUGCUCCUCCUCCCAGUGCCGCGGCUCCUGGCGCCUCGGCUGGCAAGCGCUCGCGCGCCGACGCCGCCGAUGACGAGGAGAAGGACGCGGCCCCGGCCGGGGAAAAGGCCAAGAAGGCCCGUGCCCUCGGUGAGGAGGCCUACGAGGAUUAUGUGCCCUUCGACCCGACCGCCGAGACCGCUGCCGAUGGCGACUCUUCCGCCUCCGAGGGCGAGCAGGAGGAUGGCUCGGAUUCGGAUGACGCUGGCUCCGCCAGCGAGGAUGAGGGUGCCCCCUCCGGCAAGAAGGCCGCCUCCGGGGCCAAGCGCCCGGCCGCCGGGGCCAAGAAGCUGGCUCUCACCAAGGCCGUCAAGGCCCGCGCCACUCGUGCCCAGCAGAUCAUGGUCCGUGCCAUGCGCAAGGGCGCCUCGCCGGAGGCCGCUGCCGAGCUGGCUGCCCAGCAGGUGGCCGAGUCCAAGGCCCAGCGUGAGGCCGCCGCCGAGGAGGCCGCCAAGCGCCCCGCCAAGGCCGGCAACUUCUACGCCGUUGCCAACGUGAAGAAUCGCAACCGCGACAAGGUGAACUCCGUGGCCCAGAAGACGGCCAUUGCGCGCGCCCAUGCCCGCCGCCGCUAAAAGGGAGCGAAAAUGAGUGGCCCCCGAGAUAUGCUCUCUCUCUCUCUCCCUCUACCCCCUCCCCCUUUCUCGUCCCCCCCCCCCCUGCCCCUUUCUCGCCUUCCCCUCUGCUUCUUUGCUGCUUUCUAGACACAUGCACAAAUGAGACCCUGUAUCAUAGUAGCAAUACAUAAAUACGUUCCCCA